AUGACAGAGUGUAGUGAGUCAAUACCCGACAGAAACAAUUUCAGGAUUCUAUGUCUCUCAUCCAUUAGUAUAACAAUAGCGAAUAAGCCAGCGAAAAUUGUUCGAAAAUUUCUCCGAAAAGGUGAUCCGGAACCUUCAAAGGAUGGUAUUAUUCGGAUUUAUGCAAAGCGGUUUUGUCCAUACUGUGACAGAGUUAUCAUCGCUGCGUAUAAGAAAGGAAUUCAAUUUGAAGUUUUCCAUAUUGAUUUUCAAAACAAGCCCGAAUGGUUCAUUUUGAAGAAUCCGGAAGAAAGUGUACCACUUCUAGACCAUAACGGCAAACUGGUGAUUGACUCCCGAGUGAUUAUUGAAUAUUUGGAUGAAACGUUUCCGGAAACAAGUAUUUUGUCCAAAGACUCGUAUCUGAGAGCAAAGCAACGAUAUUAUGCACUGAAACUAGAACCGAUCUGUGAAACAAUAAAACAAAUGACAUACUCGACAAAACUAACCGGUAAUAUUACCGUCCUUGCAUUGGAACUUGCCACGGCUGAGCAAUUGUUACAAUCUCCUUUCUAUUCAGGUGAGGUACCCAGUUUACCGGACAUCAUCUUAUUCCCGUUUAUUCACCGAUUGCAUAUCAUUCGACAAUUUAUCAGAGACAACUUCCUCGAUCACUACUUCCCGAAUAACUAUCCAAAACUUGUAAAAUGGUUCAUCGCAAUGCGUAAUAUGCCAGAGAUUCGAGCAGUUCAAGAACCAGAACACCACUUAAGGGCUUACCUCAUCAGCAAAACUACUGAUUUCAACACCAAGGUCGGAUCUGACCUCAAUAGCCUAACACCAGUUAGCUGGAAACUUCUCAACGACUCAGUCGUUCAGUAUCGACUAAACAAUGCACAAAAUUGA